AUGUCAUCAGCUACCGAUUUGCCAUUUGCCCUCAAGGACGCAUCUCUUCUCAAGGACCGGUCCUAUGUGAAUGCCAAAUGGGUAGAGGCCAAGUCGGGCAAACGCUUCAACGUCAUUGACCCAGGCUCUGACAGGACCUGGGCAUCGUGCCCGGACAAUGGGCCCGAGGACGUGGAAGCAGCAGUCGAGGCGGCGUACGCAGCAUUUCAAACAUAUCGCAAAGUCACCCCCCGCAAACGCGCACAGCUGCUCAUUGCCUGGCACAAGCUGAUUGACGAGCACAAGGAUGACCUGGCUACCAUCAUGACCUGGGAGAGCGGCAAGCCUCUUGCGGAAGCUCAAGCCGAGGUUGCCUACGCACAGGGCUUCACUUGGUGGUUUGCCGGGGAGGCUGAGCGCAUCCAGGGCUCAGUCAGCGUCCCGGCGGCGCCGAACCGCCGGGUCAUGAUUGUGAAGCAGCCCAUUGGCGUUGCUGUUGCGCUGGUGCCUUGGAACUUUCCCAUGGCCAUGAUUCUCCGCAAAGCAGGCGCCGCGUUUGCCGCCGGCUGCACCAUGAUUGUCAAGCCUUCGCCAGAGACGCCGCUGACCUGCCUGGCCCUGGCCGAGCUUGCCAGCCGCGCCGGAUACGGCCCCGGGGUGUUCAACGUCUUGACGACUUCGCUCGCCAAUACUCCUCCCUUGUCCGAAGCGCUUUGCCUGCACCCGAAUGUGCGCAAAGUCACCUUUACCGGCAGUACGCGCGUCGGCAAGAUUGUGGCUGGCCUUUGCGCGCGCAACCUGAAGAAGUGCACCCUAGAGCUCGGUGGAAACUGCCCAUUCAUCGUAUUCGAUGAUGCCAACUUGGACCAGGCCCUGGAACAGUUGAUGGCUCUCAAGUGGCGGCAUGCAGGCCAGGCAUGCAUCACCGCCAACCGUCUCUACGUGCAGUCCAGCAUUUACGAAAAGUUUACAAAGAUGCUGGUGGACAAGACAAAGGGCCUCGUGGUUGGCCAUGGAUCCAAGGACGGCACGACCAUGGGCCCGGUGACUAUUCCCAAUGGCAUCAAAAAGGCAGAAGCGCAGGUAUCCGAUGCGCUCAAUCUCGGAGCGAGCCUCGUUCUUGGAAGUGGUAAAGGCAGCCUCAAGGACGGCACAGGCAAUGGCAAAGGCGUGGGCGGCUACUUUAUGGAGCCCACGAUUCUCACGGGAAUGACAAAGGACAUGCUGAUGACGCGCGAAGAGACGUUUGCGCCAGUCUGCGGACUCUAUUCGUUUGAUACGGAAGAAGAGGUUACACAGUGGGCCAAUGACACAAGCAUGGGUUUGGCAAGUUAUGCCUUUACCAAAAACAUGGAUCGGGUGUUUCGCCUGUCCGAGAAUCUCGAAGCUGGCAUGAUUGGUGUGAAUACUGGCAACAGCUCUGCCGCAGAAAGCCCUUUUGGUGGAAUCAAGGAAUCUGGCUAUGGAAAGGAGAGCGGUAAAGAUGUCGCCGUCAACGAGUACCUUGUUGCAAAGACGGUGACCAUUACACUCGAGGGUCAUUUUUAA